AUGAUCGACGAUCAGGACCUCGGCUUCUUUGCCAAUUUCCUUGGCGUGUUCAUCUUCGUACUAGUGAUAGCGUAUCAUUACGUGGUGGCUGACCCGAAAUAUGAAGGCAGCUAAGGUUUUCUGUUUGUUUUUUUUGAUGUAUUUGCAAUAGAGAUGUUUUUUCUUGUUUUGUAGACUUGAGCUGUUUCACAAAAUGUACGCUCUUUGACCGUGAAUAUCAUUUUAUAGCUCUGUUUUCAUGAAAAAUUAAUCCAUAGAUUCUGGUUUUGAAUGCCCA